AUGUCCAGUCCCGAUGCUGACGAGGUUUUGUUUGCCUACAUCGCAGUAGCCACACAUGCAGUAAGCUUGGUGCUAAUCCAAGAAGACAACGGCACACAGCGACCAGUCUAUUACGUUAGCAAAUCACUGCAGGAGGCAGAAACCCGUUACCUUCCCCUAGAAAAGGCUAUCUUAGCCAUCGUACAGGCCACACGAAAGCUUCCCCACUACUUUCAAGCACACACUGUAGUAGUGUUAACUCAACUCCCCUUAAAGUCCAUCCUGCGCAGCGCCGAUUACACAAGCAGAAUUGCAAAAUGGGGAACGAUUUUGGGCGCCUUUGACAUUAGAUACAUGCCUCGCACCGCUGUAAAAGGCCAGGUCCUCGCCGACCUAGUGGCAGAAUUUGCGGAGCCUACACUAGAAGGAAAAGAAGUGUCGGUAUUACUAGGGGCUGAUGAGAAGGUGAUCAGCACAGUUUCUCCGCAUGGACACACUUGGUGGAAAGCAUACAUUGAUGGCGCAGUGAAUCAAAGGGGCUCAGGGUUAGGACUUGUCCUGCUUUCACCUGAAGGGAUAACCAUAGAGAAGUCACUGAGACUCGGAUUUUCAGCCACGAAUAACGAAGCCGAAUAUGAGGCGCUAUUGGAGGGAAUGGGGAUGAUCCGGAAAAUGGGGGGGAAAUCCGUGGACAUGUUCUCGGAUUCGAGACUCAUUGUGGGACAGGUAAAUGGAGACAUGGAGGCAAAGGACGAAAGAAUGCAAGAGUAUCUGGUUCGGGUUAAGCACCUACAGACCCAUUUUCAUCACUUCCGCUUGACGCACGUACCCAGAAGUGGGAACACUCAUGCUGAUUCUCUCGCGACGUUGGCUACCUCCUCGGCUCAGCCCCUUCCUCGAGUCAUUUUGGUAGAAGAGCUCAUCCGUCCAUUAACAAAGAAGGCCAAUGGGAUUGGAGUACAUAACAUCAGGACAGGACCAAGCUGGAUGGACCCUAUCGUGCUGUACUUAAAGCACGACACCUUGCCAGAUGAUAAGGUUGAGGCUGACAAAAUCAGGAGAAAAACUACUCAAUUCUGGUUGUCAGAGGAUUCCAAGUUUUAUAGACGCUCGUUCUCGGGGCCGUAUUUACUAUGUGUGCACCCAGAGACUACUGAACUCAUCCUGGAAGAGUUACACGAAGGAAUUUGCGGAAGUCACACGGGGGGUAGGUCUUUGUCUCACAGGGCCUUAACGCUGGGUUAUUGGUGGCCGAGCAUGCAUAAAGAAGCCCUGGAGUAUGUGAAGAAGUGCGACCAAUGCCAGAGAUUCGCCCCGAACAUACACCAGCCUGGUGGAGAGCUGAACCCAUUGUCCAAUCCCUGGCCAUUUACGCAAUGGGGCCUAGAUAUACUUGGUCCAUUCCCCAAGUUCGGCACCCCACACACCCUGGUGUCGGACAACGGGGUACAGUUUGACAGCAAAGCCUUCAGAAGAUACUGCAGUGAGUUGGGAAUUGUUAACCGGUACUCCACACCAGCUUACCCACAGGGUAAUGGACAAGCAGAAGCGGUCAAUAAAACCAUAGUGAACGGAUUGAAAAAGAGACUAGAUAACGUAAAAGGAAGAUGGGUUGAGGAGCUAGCCCAUGUCUUGUGGACAUAUCGCACCACGCCUCGAAGGUCCACAGGAGAAACCCCUUUUUCAAUGACCUAUGGAGCCGAGGCUGUCAUUCCACUGGAAGUGAACUUCCCAACACAGAGGACUACCGCCUUCUGCCCCACUGCCAAUGACAAACUUCUGGAAAAGAGCUUGGACCUCAUCGACGAAAGAAGGGAAGGUGCGAUGAUCCAUUUGGCUUACUAUCAGCAGAAGCUCAAGCAAAGUUACGACGCCAAGUUAGUGACAAAAUAG